AUGCCUCAGGUCCCGUCUCUGGAAGGUAGACCCAGUUCACAGCGCUACACUUGUACCAAGGUCCUAUUGGCUGAGGGUGGGGAGACGCCCUUCACUGAGCACUGUCGCAACUAUGAAAACAAAUACCAGACUCUUCAUACAGAGAUCCAAACCUUGAAGGAUCAGAUGCAGGAGCUGCACAGAGACCUGACCAAGCAUCACUCGCUCAUCAACACUGACUCCAUGGAGGAGAUUCUGGAAAGAUCUGUGCACAUCGAUGAGCAGAUUGCAGCCCAGUAUUCUGCCAUGCAGACACUGAGGACCAUGUUUGAAGAGGUGAGCCUGAUGCCGUCCUGUCCAUGUGAGCUUCCCUUGCUAUUUUGGAGAUCAGGCCAUCUGGCCAUAGCUGUUAUCGAAGUCCCUCAGAUAUGGGAGGAGACCUUUCAAAAAUUCACAACUGAGCAAGAGAUCUAUGAAGCACAGCUUCAUGAUCUACUCCAGCUGAAACAGGAAAACUCCUACUUGAUGACUAUUGCACGGCAGAUUGGACCAUAUAUACUGUCCAUUGCGAAAGUGAAAGAACGCCUCAGUCCCAGGUUUCAGAAGUCAAGAGAAAACGAGGAUGAGCGCACUGAGACCAUGUUACAGAUCUAUGUGGACAGUACAGUAACCACAGAAUCACAGCACAGUGAUGAGAGCUGUUUAGCCAUGUACAACUGGAAAUCAAGCAGAAAUAUGAACGCUGUAGGCUUAAAGCCUGAUGAAGCACCACAAUCACUCAGCACCACUGGCAAAGCAUCCAACACAACAAAUCAGAGACAUCGUUUCUUAAAGAGCUGCCAUUCUCACCCAGCAUGUCAAUCCAAAACAUGAAGUUAGCAUAAACAGUGACUUCCAGUAUGAUUCAGCACUUUAGCAUGAAGAGAUACACAAAAAUACAAAGGUUGUUAUAUAAGGAGCUGUUAUUGGAUUAUUAUGGUUCUUACUUCACUUUUUAGGAUUGAAUGUAGAAAUAGACAUGUUAAUGACUAUCAGGGGUGGCACGUUGGCUAGGUGGGUAGAACUGUCACCUCACAGCAAGAAGGUCCUGGGUCCGAUCCCCAGGUGAAGCGGUCCAGGUUUGCAUGUUCUCCCCGUCUCUGUGUGGGUUUCUUCCGGGAGCUCCGGUUUCCUCCCACAGUCCAAAGACGUGCAAGUAAGGUGAAU